AUGCAGCUUAACUUGAAGUCAUUAACCGGCGCAAAUAUCAAAAUCGAAGUGGAGCCCAAGGAUACUCCCGCCGAUAUUAAAGAAAUGGUUCAGCAGAAGGAGGGUAUCCCUCCUGAGCAACAGAAGCUCAUCUGGGAUGGCAAGCAAAUGGAUGACAACAAGACCAUUGAGGAGUACAAAAUCAGUGCUGGCGCCACGCUCCAUCUGGUUCUUGCUUUGAGAGGUGGCUGCUAG